AGAGAAAAGAAAUUCCCUUGUUCAAUGUGGACACGUUUCUGGACCUUCCACCAUUACAAUGACAUUGUCCUAACUCCAAAUUGUCAUAACAACAUUUGCUGCCCGUCUCUCAGUCUUCACUCAAAUCACUGUUUUCUUACUCCGUCUCCAAAUUCCAUUGAACCAAACAAGAAUAUUACAAGAUCCCACAAAAAUCUCUGUCCCCGGAAAAGAAAAGCAGACAAAAAUAUAAAUGAUAGUUCUAAAAGAGGGCAGCAGGCCGCCAUGGGUGGGCUUGGGAGCGGCUGUUUGGAUGCAAAUAGCAUCAGGGAAUGCGUACACUUUCCCUUUGUACUCUCCUUCACUGAAAUCAGUUCUGGGUUUUAGUCAGCAGCAGCUGACGAUUCUUGGAGUGGCCAAUGAUAUUGGAGAGAAUGUGGGGAUUCUUCCAGGCAUCGCCUGCAACAAGUUCCCACCUUGGGCUGUGCUUCUUGUUGGUGCUUUUGCUUCUUUCUUGGGUUAUGGUGUGCUUUGGAUGGCUGUUAGCGAGACUGUUCAGUCUAUGCCUUAUUGGGUUUUGUGGAUCGCGCUAUGUAUUGCCACAAACAGCAGUGCAUGGCUUGGCACAGCAAUUCUUGUUACCAAUAUGAGGAAUUUUCCUCUGAGUAGGGGCACCGUCUCUGGAAUACUCAAAGGGUAUGCCGGUUUAAGUGCUGCAGUUUUUACAGAGGUCUAUAGUAUGGUCCUUAAUGGCUCGUCUUCAAGUCUACUGCUUCUACUAGCCCUUGGAAUCCCCACUAUAUGUUUGGUAAUGAUGUACUUUAUCAGGCGUUGUACUCCAGCUUCUGGAGAAGACUCAGCAGAGCAUUGCCAUUUUCUUUUUACCCAAGGAGCUAGUAUCUGUCUCGCUAUAUUUCUUCUUACAACAACAAUUUUGAAAGACUUGUUUCCUCUUGGCAAGACCAUUUCCUACAUCUUUAUUGCCAUAAUGGUUAUUCUUUUGAUGGCUCCUUUAGCAAUCCCAUUAAAAAUGACAUUGUUCCCUGCAAAUGGUAAGAAAGCUGGCCAGCCCACAGAUCUAAUUAGUGGAGAUGGUGAUUCAAAUCAAACGGAUCCUCUACUGACCCCAUCUUCAUCGGCAACAUUUCUCGGAAGUUUUUAUGAGCCUGAAGAUAUCUCAGAAGUGGAUUUACUUCUUGCCGUAGGUGAAGGGGCGGUGAAGAAGAAACGAAAACCACGGAGAGGGGAAGAUUUUAAGUUUCGUGAAGCUAUAGUGAAGGCCGACUUUUGGCUCCUAUGGUUUGUUUACUUUCUCGGAGUCGGUUCGGGUGUGACUGUCCUUAAUAAUUUGGCACAGAUUGGGGUUUCACUCGGUGUGGAUGACGCAACAACAUUGUUAAGUUUGUUCAGCUUUUGUAACUUCUUGGGUCGCCUUGGGUCAGGAGCUGUUUCUGAACACUUUGUGAGGUCAAAAACAAUUCCUCGGACAUUUUGGAUGGGCAUCACACAAAUAAUCAUGGUCUUAACAUUUCUUCUAUAUGCUUCAGCUCUGAGUGGCACUCUCUAUGCUGCCACAGCAUUGCUGGGGAUCUGCUACGGCGUCCAGUUCGGUAUAAUGAUUCCUACAGCAUCUGAACUCUUUGGCCUGAAACACUUUGGGAUAAUCUUCAAUUUCAUUUCGCUCGGAAAUCCUGCUGGUGCGCUUCUCUUCUCAGGCUGGCUUGCUGGUCAAAUAUACGAUGCAGAGGCAGCAAAGCAGUUAACAUCUUCUUGCAUGGGCCCGAGCUGCUUUAGGCUCACGUUCCUUCUUUUAGCUGGUAUUUGUGGUUUAGGAACUCUCUUGAGCAUAAUUCUUACAAUAAGAAUAAGACCAGUUUACCAAAUGCUUUAUGCUGGAGGUUCGUUCCGUCUGCCUCAGAGUUCCGGUCACUGAUUAUAGAAAUCAUUUUAGCAUAAUUUUAACCCCAUCUUAGGAUAAUGCAGCGGAUCUCUUAGAGCUACGGUAAAUUUUGACAAUUUUACACUUAUGCUAGAUAUUUUUAAUGCUAUAUCAGAGGGGUUCUUCCUCAGAUGUGGAGAAAGCUUGAACGGUAAUGCGUAUUGUGUCUGUAUUUCGAAGAGAGCAAAUUUAAAUGCUUUAAUAAACUCCUGAAGGGAGUUUCAGUAGUGGAUGUAGUAUGUUUAUUCAAGGUUCAUUCGACUGCUAAAAGUGUCAUACACUUUUGAA